CUGGCAAACAGAGGCCAGGGACACCCUCCCUGCCCAUGUCAGGCCAGGCCCCGCAUUGCCUGGCACAGGCCCUGGGCAGGAGGUGCCUGGGGCUGGAAUUCAGGAUGCCCCAGGCCUGUGCUGAGCCUGCUAGCCCUGUGGCGGGGAAGGGUUAACAGCUGUUUCCGAUCAGGUGUGCUGGGCUCCAUUAGCUGUGCCUGAGCAUCCCCAUCACCGGGCUGCUGCUGGAGCUGGAGGAUGCUGCCAAGGUGAACUUGGCCCUGGGCUGCCAGGGGAGAGGGGCCGUGGCCUCAGGCUGGCACAUCCCUGCCCACGGGCUGUGGUGCCUCGAGGCAGCCAGCUGCAACUCCUGUGCCCCUGCGUGGCGGCCCCAGGGCUAGCUGUCUCUUCCAGCUGGCUGGGGGUGGCCUGCGCAGGGCAUUGCUGCAGGGAAGUGCACAACAGGGUGGUGGCUGUGCAUGGCACCCAGCGGGACCCUCCCCAAGGAGGACUGAUCCCCACCCCUAGUGGUCCCACUGCCCCCACCUGCGCGUGCUGGCUCUGCAGCAGUGGGUGCCAUGGGCACUGUGGUGGGAGCUGAGGCCUUGAGCCCAGCCCUGCAGUAGGGGCUGCUAACAAGGUUCCUCCGGUGGGGAGGGGAACCCUGGGGAAGGAACAACAGGCCUGAGCGUCCCCUUUUCCGGGGCCAUGGGCAGGCCUCCUUCUCAAGAAGCUGCCUGGUCCAGCUGGGGAGGCUGGUGCCCAGAGUUUUGGCAGGCAAUCCAGCAGCUGGGGGUCCUCGCAGCAUCCAGAAGAGCAGAUGUUGGGGGCACAUGCAAGCUGGGGGUGCUCCUGCAUGUGUGCAUGGCUCCUGGCUCUGCCUCCUUUGCAGACACCCGUAAGUUGGCUGCAAGGCCCGACCUGUCCCCGAGAGUGGAGGGCUGCCCGGGCUGGCUGCUCACUUGCGGCCAGCUCGCCCUGAGGCUGCCUCUUGCUUUCCCUUGCAGGGUGAAGAGCGAGGAGUUUGCCAUGGCGGCUGCAGUGCACCUCCUUGCCUGGAGCCUAGUCCUGGUGCCGGCGCUGCUCCCAGUCUCUCCCCUGCCCCACACCAGGCCGCAGGCUGCAGGAGCCUCCCUGGGCCCCAGCUGGGUACAGAAGCUGGCUGGGUGGCCCCUUCUGGGCAGCCCCUCCCAACAGGCUCUCUGGACCCGCCAGGCUCUGCCAGCCCUCUCCCCAUUGGCUCUGGCUGCCCCUGGGGGGAGCCUGGUCUUCAGUGGGGCUGGGGAGCCAGACGAUGAGCUGUCGCAAGGCUCCAGCCCUGGCCACUCUGCAGCCACCAGCCACGACUCGGGGACCUCUCCUGCCCCAGCAGAAAGCUCUGUUCUCCCACCCCCUGUAUGGCCCCUGCUCCUGGGGGCUGAUGACUCUUGGCAGAUGCUGGAGGUGCCCCCGGCUCUGGGACCUGCUGGCACUGAGGGGGCUCGGGUCCCUGGCCCAGCCACUGCCACGUUCCAGGGACACACUGGACUUGGCUCGGGGAGCUGGCUCCUCACACCCGCACCUGGCUCCGGGGCUCUGCUGUCCCCUGGUUGGGCUCUGAGAAGCGGAGGCAGCCCGGCAGCCUUGGCUUUCGAGAGCAGAGAACUGCCCUCAGGCUCGGAGCCCAGGAGCCUGCAGCCAGCUUCCCCCAGCCCAGCCAGGCUGCCCGGGGCAGGGAGCGGCCCAGGCCCUGCUGGGCAGGACAGCCUGGGCACACCCAGGCCAACGGUGUCCACCGUCGCCUUGGCGGCCAGGCCAGGCUCCACGGCAGGAGCCAGCAGCGCCGAGUGGUGGCAGGCGGCAGACGCGGGUUCUGGGGGAGCGGGUCAGGAGGGCCGGCCUGUGAGCUGGGCUUCAGGGAAGGGGCAGCCUGUACCUAGGGCCAAUGCCCCCUGGGAACCGCUGGAGCAUGCCUGGGGAAAGGGCCAGGCUUCCUACACUCAGGGUUACUCCCUCUCUCAGCGCAGGGGCAGCACCCUCCCUCCCUGGGGUGAUGCCCCGGGGCUGCUCCCGUACCCAACGGGCAGGGAUGGCCAGCCUCAGCCAGAGGCGCGGUGGGUCCCUGGAGCCAGCCUGGCUGCCCUGCCUGCUGCUACCUCCCAGCCGCAGCAGACGGCGGGAGCAGGGGGCUCCGUGGCCGGUAGGUGGCCUGGUCUCGCUCCUGCUGUGCUCAGCGCUGGCCGACUGGAGCUUGGGGAUGGAGCCUGGGAGCUCCCGCCAGGCCUGGCUCCAGUGCAGGGCCGCCUGACAGAGCCGGCUCCCCCGGCACAAGGGAGCCCCGCCUGGAGGCUCACCCCAGCCCGGGCAGAGGGGGCCAUGCUGGAAACCAGAGCCCCGGCCUGGACAGAGGGGCUCUCGGCUCAUCAGAGAAGCACUCGGCGGGCAGUGCCCGGAUCCGCGACCCAGCCACCGCACCUCCCCGGAAAAGCUGCUCCUGGUGCAGAACAGGGACUGGAGCACCCCCACGCCAGGCCUGCCCUCCACACCAGCCUGGGAACGUCGCCCGCCCCAACGUCUCCUCGCCCAGGGGCUGCAGCAGAGGAGGAGAUUGGGGCCCCGCAGCAAGUCCGGGGAGCUGUGGACCCAAGGGCCCCCGUGAACAACACCUCCACGGCCACCUCUGCCCCCAACCUGCUGCCUCCGGGGACCAGGCACUCAGAUGGGACCCAACCUCCUGGCCAUGGCAGCACCAUGGCCCCUGUGCCCACCUCGCCCCAGCCCCCAGCCACUCCCCGGCGGGGCCUGAUCAGAGUCACCACCCAGCGAGCUCUCCAGCGCCCCCCUCUGCCCGAGCCUGGGCCCAGCCUCCCAGCUGUAGCGCCUGCCUCCAGCCCACCCUGUCUCCGUGCCAGCGGGGCCUGCAGCCUCCUGCAGCCUAACCGGACGCUGCUGCGCUGGGCCGACCUGCAGCACACGCUCGGCUUUGCCUGGGAGCUGCACCUCUAUGGCACCAGCACCCUCUUCCUGCUGCUCAGCCUGCUCUGCAUGGCCAGCCUCAUCAGCUCACCCAUCCUGGGCCUGCCCCACCUGCCCUACACCCUGGGCGCCAGCGCCCUGCUGCUGGGCGUCGGCCUGCUCCGUGCCACCUUCCUCCUCGCCGACCCCUACGGCGCCAGGGCCAGGCUGCCCGCCCCGGCGGUGCGGCUGCUCUACAACGCGCCCUUCCCGCUGCUGCUCAGCGCCUUCGCCCUGCUGCUGCCCCUGCGCAUGGCCCAGCGGCUGCUGCUGCCGCGCCCCCUGCGGAGCCUGCCCCUGCUGACCGCGCUGGCCUCGCUCCAGAGCACCGUGCUGCUGGGCGCCGACCUGCUCUCGCCCCUGCUGAGCCCCAUACUGGGCAUGGGGCUGCACCUGCUCUCCUGCAUCUGCGGCACCUCCCUGCUGCUGGCCAACCUGGCUGCGUACUGGCAGCUGCGGCCUGGCAGGCCAGGCGAGGCCCAGCGCGUGUCGCUCGGCUGUGAGGAGCCCCGGGAGCUGCCUGGGCAUGGCGGGGCUCUCCAGGGCCUAGGCCCCUGCCCGCGGGUGCUGCUGGGGUGCAGUGCUCUGGGGCUGCUGUGCUGUGGGUUCCAGGUAUACGGGGCCCUGUGGCUGGGGGGGGUGCUGGGCCCCCCGGGGGAGUUCUCCUGGCCCUGGUGGUUCGUGCAGUUCUGGUUCCGGAUCUGCGAGCUGCUGCUGGCCUUCGCCCUGUGCUUCGUGGCCUCGCACCCCUUCUGCCAGCGCUGCGGCUCUGCUGACCACACCUGCUGGGCCAAGCUCGUCCGCUACUUCUGCACCUACCGCAAGGCCGAGGGGCCCGAGUACCCCAACAGCUGCUACAACUGGGCCAACAGCGCGCAGGAGCAGGCAGCCAACGAUAGCAGUGGCAAGGGCCUGAUCCGCAACCCGCCCGAGCAGGUGCACCUGCAGGUGCUGAAGGACAGCAACGAGGUGAGGGUGACGGGGGCCUUCUCGGCUGGGGGCUCCCCCUCCUCGCUGUGCAGGCCUGGCAUCAGUCCCACGUGCCCCACCGCCGCGCGCGUGGGGCACUCCCACACCAGCGUCUGCUUCGAGAGGGAGUCGGUGCUGUCGCUGGGGGCACUGGAGUUCCGCCCGCCCUCGCCCAUCAACCUGAGCCGCAGCAUCGAUGAGGCCCUCUUCAAGGAGCACCUGGUGCGCGAUAGCAUCUUCCUGCACUCCAGCCUGCAGUGCCCCGGGCGCCUGGCGCGCCAGGACUCCUGCUCCUCGCUGCGCAGGAGCUCUGCCCUCCAGCCCACGGCUGAGCCGCUGCUGCCCGCCAAGGCCUGGCAGCGACGCAGCGGCGACCCUGACCAGUGGUACAGCCUGGCGCGCUGCAGCUCGCUCAGUGACCUGCCCUCCCAGAGCGCCAGCCUGCCCCCGAGCCAGGGCCUGCCCAGCGAGCCCCCCACCGAGGGUGCCAUCUCAGGCAGCUCCCUCGACAGCUUCUCCAAGGGCUCCCUGAAGAUCAGCUGGAACCCCUGGCGGCAUGGCCUCUCCUCGCUGGAGAGCUUGCCCCAGGAGGAGACUCCCAGCCGGGCCCCGUUGCUCCCUGAGGAAGCCCCUGGGCCCAGCCCCACAGGAGGGGCCGGAGACUCUGAGUGUGAAGCCGGCAGGAGCUUCCUGGCACUCAGCAAGCAGGUGGAUUCCCGCAGCCUGUCGAGUGACACCAUUGAGCUGUGAGGGGCUGGGCCAGGGCAGGCCUUCGGCGCAGCGCCUAGGCCAGCAGCUGGAGCCCUGCCGGGGGCAGUGCCAGGGAGAGCCCACAACCGGCAGGCCCCCGCAUGGCCCUGCCCUGUGCCAACCCCCCCCCGUCAGUGAUGUUUAUGUAGCUCUAGUUUCCCAGCUCAAUUUUUGCACCUUGUUCCGGGCUGCACGGGGCUGGGCCAGCCCGGGAUGAAUCAACAGCGAGGGGGCAGGACGUGCUUUGCCAGCACACGCUGCAGAGCCAGGCCCGGGGGGGCAGCACUGGCUCUGGCUGAGCGAGGGCCUAGGCCAAGGCCAGGGAGGAGCCUCCUACCGAGCAGGCCCGGAGGUGGCGGGGGGGCAUCAAGCCAGGGCUGUUACAGCAUGGGGGGGACAGGUGGCCUUAGCCCUGCUGUGCCCAUGGGUCCCACUUGGCUGAGCCCCCCACAGGCCAGACCCUAGGGAGAGGCUCUGGGGUGAGGUUGCCCCAGGAACAACACUGCACACGCACCACGGCACUGCAGCAGGAGCCACCAGCCCUGACCCUAAGGAGGCAGCCCCACCUAGCCCUCUCGGUGCAUGCCAAGGGGGUGCCUGACCACUGCAGGGGGGGGGGGGCUGUUGCUGUGGGUCGGUUUGUGCCAAACACAGAAAUAAACUGAGCCUCCCAGGCCCCCCGCAGUGCUGGAGCGAUUCUUCCCAGGAGUAGGGUCAGCAGCUCCGGGCUAGGGGUAGCCUCUGCCCCACCCCAGGGACAGGUGCCAAAUGCCUUGGGGCAGAGGCAUCCCCAUGAGCUACGCAGUUGCAAGGCGGGGAGGACAGGCCCUGCCAGUGCCUGGGAAGCUGAAGGAAGCAGCCCCACACUGUGGCCCAAGCCAGGGUGGCCUGGUUUACGGUGCCCCCACUCCUGCAAGCCCAAAGCUGGCCCAAGCCCCCCUUCCACCAGUCUCACAAGCUGUUUGCCCCAGGGCACAGCAGGGAGCAAGCGCCUCCAGGCCCGGGGCCACAGGGGGGAGUCUGGUACUCGGGCAUCCCCUUCUGCCAGGGAUGGGGGUCACAGGAGCUGGCCAGCAGAAGCCAGUGGGGGGCAGGUGCCCAGGGCCCCAUGGCUAUUCUGUCACCUGGACCCAGCAUACACAGGGCUUGAACCUUCAGCUGGCCAAGCUAGUGCAUAACCCACCCCUGGGAGCCCCUAGACACAUGGGGGCCCUGGCUGCGCACAAGCUCCCCCCCCCCAAUUGCUGGCACCCAGCAGGAGGUGGGUUCCUAACUUCCCCCCCCAAACUAGGGCUGCCAAGGCACUGACCUGCCAGGGAAAGGGCAGGCACUAGCAGGGGGGAGGGGACUAGUCUUGGAUGCUGCCCCACCCACUGGGCUUGCUCACCCCACCUCCCCAUUUGCCAGCCCCAUCCAGUAGCCCCACACAUGCUGAGCUGCCCCAGACCAUGUUCCUGUAACACCAGGCACCCCUAUGGGCUGGGGAGGGGUCUGGGCACAGGACUGUGUCUCUGGGGGGGGGCAGGGCAGGGCAGGGCUGUGUCUCUGGGGGGUGGCCCUUCUGGGUUUGCUAGGCCCAGGGAGACCCAUCACAGGGCCACUCAGCUGUGUACCCCCCCCAAGCGUCUUUUGCCCUGGAGCACCAGCUCCCCUGCAGUCUGACUCUGACUACCCCACAUACACAGAGCACCCCAGGGCCUCCUCCUUGCUCUCACUCCCAGGUAUCUCUGCCAUGCCUGGACCCCGGGCUGCAGUCCCCCCCAACAGGCCAAGGACCACAGCGCCCAGCCAGGCGUGAACACAUUUAUUUUCCUGAGGCAGACAGACAAACAGCCAUGCCAGAGCCGGACAAUGCAGCAGCCCUGGGCACGGACAAGGUUGGGGCCCGCUGGCUUGUGCCACCCCCACUGACAGCUCAAGGAAGGGGUGGGAAAGAGUGAGACUCGGGGUGGAAGCAGCUGGGCCUGGAGAGCACGCCCCUGCAGUGGAGUGGGGGCUCUCAGUUCAGAAAGAAACCAAGCUGGGGGGAGAAGGGGGCCCCAUUCUGACUUGAGGGGGAAGCUCCUCAAAGACCCACAGCUGCCAUGACCAGCCACUCCCACCCCAGUGCCCCUUGUUUUCCAUCCCCCCUCCCUGCACUGCUGGUCUCCCCCAGCCCCAGCCCACUGACCCCAUGAGCUCUGUUAAGCAGGCUCCUCCCAUGCACCCCACCAGACUUCAUGUGGGGGGCUGAGGGCAGGGCCUAGCCCCAGCCUGCACUCUGCAGGCCCCAGCCUUCUCUUUGUCAAAGCACAUGUGGAUCCCUGCCUGGUGCAGAUGCCUCCAGCCAGUGCUUGGUGCCUCUGGUUGGCAGGGUGCCUACCCCACAUGUGCAAACACUUCCUCUCUACCCCAGAGCAGCAUGCACGUGCCCCGGCAGCAGAAUUAAGGCAGGGCCUGUUCUUGGUUAUACACCCCAUGGACUGGUACAAAUAUAAUCACAGUUAGCUCUUACCAUUAACCCAGAAAAACUAAUCACAAUUUUUUAAAUUGUGAUUAAUCACAAUAGAAUACCAAUUGAAAUUUAUUAAAUAUAGUUGGAUGUUUUUCAACAUUUUCAAACAUAUUGAUUUCUAUUACCAUUAAUUAAAUACCACCAUUACCCACCAUUGAAGCAUGAAGGGACAUAUGAAUUUUAGCACAUCUGGCACAUAAAUAUCUUGAAUACACUGCUCACUUUAUGUUAUUUUUUAAUUACAAAUAUUCACAUGGUAAAAAUGAUAAAAAAGUAUUUUUCAAUUCACCUCAUACAAGUACUGUAAUGCAAUCUCUAUCACGAAAGUUGAACUUCCAAUGUAGAACUAUGUACAAAAAAUGCAUUAAAAAAUAAACAUGUAAAACUUUAGAGCCUACAAGUCCACUCAGUCCUACUUCUUGUUCAGCCAAUCGCUCAGACAAACAAGUUUAUCUCCUGCAAAUGUAAACAAUGCUGCCCACUUCUUGUUUACCAUGUCACCUGAAAGUGAGAACAGGUGUUUGCAUGAGACUUCUGUAGCCAGUGUUGUAAGGUAUUUAGAUGCCAGAUAUUUGUAUGUCCCUUCGUGGUUCAGCCACCAUUCCAGAGGACAUGCUUCCAUGCUGAUGACACUCAUU